GUACAAUAUUCCUCUUUUAUCCUCCAAGUCUUCAACCAUACACAGAUCAUCACCAAAGAACCAAAGAGCAGAAGAGAGUCGGAGAUUGAACCGGAAGCCGUAAACCCAAAAUCUUCGACUAGAAAAUGAGGCGGAGGCCGGGAAUUGGAGGACUACAGAACGCCGCCACAGCUAGGGAUCAAUACCGAUUGCUCGGUGAAAAUGUGGCCAAACUGAGAACGGAUCUUAUGAAGGAGCAGCUCGCUACUUUUCGCUCUCAGCUCGAAGACUUUGCCCGUAAACACAAGAAUGACAUCCGGAAGAAUCCUGCAUUCAGAUCACAGUUUCAUGAGAUGUGUGCCAAAAUAGGAGUAGACCCUCUUGCCUCAAACAAGGGUUUUUGGGUGGAGCUCCUAGGAAUUGGUGACUUCUAUUAUGAACUUGGGGUACAAAUUAUUGAUAUUUGUUUGGCAACAAGGCCUCAUAAUGGAGGUUUGAUCAGCUUGGAGGAGCUAUGUAAAAUUCUUGCUCAGAAAAGGAAGGGUGCUCGUGAAACUGUGUCCGAGGAUGACUGUUUGCGUGCUAUAAGCAAGCUGAAGGUACUGGGUAAUGGUUUUGAGGUGAUUUCAGUUGGAAAAAGGAAGCUUGUUCGUUCUGUCCCAACUGAAUUAAACAAGGAUCACAAUGAAAUUUUAGAGCUGGCCCAGACUCAAGGCUUUGUUACAGUUGAUGAGGUACAAAGACGCUUGAAUUGGUCCUCUGGUCGAGCAACUGAUACCCUUGAAACACUGCUAAAGGAAGGUCUGGCUAUGGUUGAUGAUGGGCACCGUGAUGGCAGACGUCGAUAUUGGUUUCCUUGUGUAUCAUCUAUUUCUUCCUAUGCCGGGUCUGAUUCAGCUUGAGCACUUUCUGCAAUGCCGGAUUAUUGUGUUAUGAAAGAAAGGUUCUUGUUUCUGAACUCUCGUACUGUACCAUAUCUAUUAAAGAAAUUAUUUUUGAAUUUGUGAAAACCAUACAUACAUGAACA